AUGGGUGCUUACGCGAGCAAGAUCGCGUCGAUGUCGAACACGAUGCACAGCGUGUAUCGCGGCUGCAAGCGCAAAGCCGAGGACUGGGACGAUGACUACGAGUCCGACUACAUCGAUCGGACGUUGCAAACGCCGAAAAAGAGAAAAUUGCUUACAACGGCUCAGUACAUAUACAAGACUCUGUUUCAAGAGGAGAAAGGCAGUGACAUAACUGUCCUCAUACUCGGAAAAGCAUGGAGAUUACACAAAGUUUAUAUUAGUCAAAGUCCAUAUUUUGCUAGUAUGUUUUCUGGUUCCUGGAGAGAGACUAAUGAGAAAGUCAUUAGCGUUGAAAUUACAGAUCCUAACAUUACGAUGAAUUCAUUGACUGUCGUAUUGGGUUCAUUUUAUCAAGAUGAAGUCAAUUUGGAACCGAAGGAAACGAUUUCUAUUCUCGCGACAGCCACUUUGUUCCAACUGCAGGAGUUAAUAGAUGAGUGUGCAAAUAUUAUGGUGGAAACCAUGAACAGUGAAACGGUCGUGUCAUAUUAUAACGCGGCUGUCUCGUAUGGUAUACCGAAUGUGAAAGCAGCCGCGAAACGAUGGCUGGAAGUCAAUCUGUUGGACUAUGGAUGGACGCACCUACACUUCCUGAAACAACUUACUCCAGAACUGAUGGCAGAAUUGGUCGCUAGCCCCGAUUUGGUCGUUCUGCAAACCGAAUUCUGCAUAUACAUGUUGUUACGCAUAUGGUUAUUCGCACAUACACAAAACUGUGAGGACAUACAAGGGAUCAAUAAGUAUUACACAAAUCACAAAUGGACAGAGCCAUUCUUGAUCACUGAAGAAGGCAGACAGUAUGCGGCACCUUUCAAGGCGUUAAAAAUGAAAUAUUUGCUCUUGCAAGAACAAGAUGACAAGAUAUUAUACAGCGAUAACUUAAUACCCCCAAGCUGGUUGCACGGUGCUUAUAGAGAACAGUGGCUUCACUUGUUAAGAAUCGAUGGGAACGAGGACAGAGGUCCAGUGCAGAUGACGGAAGAGGAGUUUUCCAAGGAGUGCUUUCGGUGCGGCAGACUCAUCAAGACGUCUGGUGAACAUAUCUGGAGGUGGAAGGCAUUCAAUUACGGAUUAGACUUACUAAUGACUAUAGACACCACCAGUUUGCGCAUCGAGAGGAAUCACAGAUUGGACUCGAAUUGCGGUCAAUACAUCAAGGCCAGUCACAAGGAACACAAGGUUCUGAUGAAAGUCCGUUUAUACUCGUUGGACAAGCAGCACCAAGUGGUCCACGUCCAGGAUUCAGGUAUACUGAAAUUACGCUUGAGGAAAAAUACCGAACAUAUCAUUUUCCAGCAGGAGAUAAUGUCACUGGACAAGCAGCUAAGCUACCCGCUAUACAUAUCAGUGAACAUGCAGCUAGUCACGCCACUCGCACUAGAAGAGCGAACGACAUCAACUGAUGUUACACUUUCGGAUACUUAGCAUUUCGCGAACGUAACACUUUCCGAGUGUGUCGUAUUGGUCAGACGCGUCGAUGACAAAUUCCUUUCACUCGUACAACUUUAGGCAUCUUGCAAUCGGGUAAAAAACGGCAUCGUUGGUGUCUACUAAAGUCAGACUUUACGAGUAACUACUUUAUGAUGCAACUACUCUUAGAUUCUUCUACUGUCGAACGUAACUUAUUUUAGUAAUCAGUUUUGUAUACAAUAUUCAUGCACAACAUCAAAUAAUACUAGACUGGAGCUACAGUCUUCGAAAAGAACUGAUUCCUCUUGCAAGUUUAUUGAACUAUCGUUAUUUGACACUCCUUGUCUUGUUCUCAUGAUAAAACGCAGUGAGAGACAAGGAGACUGAUUAGGUCGGAGUUUACAAGAACUAUUUUUCAUCAAACUAGUUUUUAUAUGUAAGACUGUUCACGGCACAUUCGUCAUUGCAGUAUUACAGUUUUCUGUUUAUGUAAACACGAAACUGCAUUUACAGAGAAGUUGAAGCACUCGAAGAUUUUGUUUCCACGUAUGAUUUGAGGUAACUAACAAUAAGUACACUGUGUAACAUACUAUGCUAUUUAAGAAUGAGCGAUAUCGAACGCUUUUCUGUCUUCCGAUCAAUAGAGAGUUUUCUUCCGGUGCCUUUUUAAUGUCUAUUAAAGCAGCGUAUAACACAUAUGGGCAACUGAUUUGCUUAGCAUAUGUAAUACGAUAACACUCUUGUAGAAACAUUUUCUUUUGUAAAUGUUUUCUUACUGCGAUAGAAACGUUCAGUAAAGUUAUAAUAAAAAUAUAAAUUUAUGCAACUAA